UUAGAUAAAAACGAAUAUCAAAUUAUCAAUUAAUGUAUACAGAACAUAUGGCUACGUUGACAGGCCAAACAUUAGCAGAUCGAUAUUUGAUGACAAAACGUCUUGGUGAUGGAACAUUUGGCGAAGUGUUACUUGCUAAAAAACUUGAUACCGGUGAUAAAGUAGCAAUUAAAAGAAUGAAAAGGAAAUUUUAUUCGUGGAAUGAAGCGAUGGCAUUACGUGAAGUGAAAUCAUUGAAAAAAAUGAAUCAUCCAAAUAUUAUCAAAUUACGUGAAGUAAUCCGUGAACAUGAUAAUUUAUAUUUUGUUUUCGAAUAUAUGCAAGAAAAUUUAUAUGAACUUAUGAAAGACAGAGAUCGAUAUUUUCCGGAACAUAUUAUACGGAAUAUAAUUUAUCAAGUAUUACAAGGUUUAGCUUAUAUGCACAAAAAUGGUUUCUUUCAUCGUGAUAUGAAACCGGAAAAUAUUAUGUGUAAUGGUACCGAACUUGUUAAAAUUGCUGAUUUUGGUUUAGCACGUGAAAUUCGUUCAAGGCCACCUUUUACUGAUUAUGUUUCCACUCGUUGGUAUCGAGCUCCGGAAAUUCUUUUACGUUCUACGUCAUAUAAUUCACCAAUUGAUAUUUGGGCACUUGGUUGCAUUAUGGCUGAAUUAUACAUGCUUAGGCCAUUAUUUCCCGGUACAUCGGAAUUAGAUCAACUCUUUAAAAUUAUUACAGUACUGGGAACACCCAAUAAAGAUGAUUGGCCAGAAGGUUAUCAAUUGGCUGUAGCAAUGAAUUUCAAAUUUCAACAAUGUGUACCAAUACCUUUUGCAACAAUUGUAAAUUCAGUGGGUGAUGAUGGCCUUAAAUUGAUGACAGAUAUGAUGCAUUGGAAUCCAGAAAAACGGCCUAGUGCUAUGGGUUCUUUGAAAUAUAGAUAUUUUUUGGUUGGAGAAAAAUUAGGAGCACCAACAAUUAGUCAACCAUCAACAUCAAAUCGUGAAACCAGUGCCUGUUCAACAUUAUCUGAUUCAUGUAUUCUAUUUAAUAAAGCAAAAUUAAAAAAUAUUUCUGAGACAAAAAUUGAUAUUGGAAAUACAAUAAAUUCAGAACGAAAUAUCAAUAGGAAUUUACCCAUUACAAAACUUUUGGAUGAGCCAACAAAAAAAGAUACAUUAUUGGAUAAGAAUAGUCAUACAAUUUCUGGUACUACAAUUAUGAAAACUAAAUUACCUGCCAAGGAAUUAUAUAUGUCAAAAUCAAGAUAUAUGCCUGGUGUUCCGGUAAAUUCGGUAAACCAACAAGGCAUUGAUUUCACGAAACGAUCAAAUUUUAAACCAAAUCCAGCAAGAUCAGCAGUACAAGCUCGUUUCGAAUAUGCUUAUGGAUAUGUACCAACAUUUGGUGUCCGGAAAAAAUCCAUUAAAUAA